AUGGCGGCGGCGGCCUCGCAGCGGGACCCGGGGGACUGGCAAGACUUCUCGGGCUUCCAGCCCUCCGCGGGGGGCGGUCCCGAGGCUGCCCGCGACAAAGGCGGCUGGGGCGGUGGGGAUUUGGGGACGAAGUUGUCCCUCUGCUUCGAGCUCCCGCAGGCCCGGGCUGGCGGCGGCGAGAGCCGCGUUCCGCUGCGGCCCCUCACGGAGCAGAGCGCCCUGCAGGACGACGAGAUUUGGAAUGCUUUGACCGAUAAUUACGGUAACGUAAUGCCAGUUGACUGGAAAUCUUCCCAUACCAGAGCUUUGCACUUGCCAACACUGAAUCUUUCAGAAAAAGGGGUAAAUGAUAACUUGAACCUUGACCUGUCAGAUGACGAAGAGCUGAGAGAACAGUUGGAUAUGCAUUCUAUCAUUGUUUCCUGCAUCAAUGAUGAACCACUCUUCACAGCAGAGCAGGUGAUUGAAGAGAUAGAGGAAAUGAUGCAGGAGUCACCUGAUCCAGAAGAUGAUGAAACGCCCACCCAAUCAGAUCGGCUCUCCAUACUUUCCCAGGAAAUUCAGACACUCAAGAGAUCCAGUACGAACAACAGCUAUGAAGAGAGAGUAAAAAGAUUGUCUGUUGCUGAGUUAAAUGAACUGCUAGAAGAAAUUGAGACUGCUAUUAAGGAUUAUUCUGAGGAACUGGUACAGCAGUUGGCUCUACGAGAUGAGUUGGAGUUUGAGAAGGAAGUGAAAAACAGCUUCAUUUCUGUCCUCAUCGAAGUACAAAACAAACAGAGAGAACACAAAGAAACGGCAAAGAAGAAAAAGAAGCUGAAAAAUGGUAGUCCUCAGAAUGGCAAACAAGAAAGAGGUCAUAUGCCUGGAACACGCUUCAGCAUGGAAGGGAUCUCAAAUGUCAUACAGAAUGGCUUCCGCCACACGUUUGGAAACUCGGGUGGAGAGAAACAGUACUUAACAACCGUCAUUCCUUAUGAGAAGAAAAAUGGACCCCCAUCUGUUGAAGAUCUUCAAACGUUAACCAAAAUCCUGCAUGCCAUGAAAGAGGAUAGCGAGAAAGUGCCAAGCUUGUUAACAGACUAUAUUUUAAAGGUUCUGUGUCCUACAUGAAAAGGGCUGCCUUUCAGAAUUAGCCACGCUCCUUCCUGUGAUGAGAAGCUUUCCAUGGAUAUAACUCAUAGUAUUUUUUCAUUUGGCACUAUACCUAAACCAGUAUGCAUUUACCUCUUCUGUGUGUGCGUGGAUUUUCUGGUCCUACAGUAAGUCUUCUGGGCAUGACAACUCACCUAUUUUAACUUAAUAGUGCAAUGAACUGGAGCAGGGAACAAACAUUGUACAGUUUUACUCACAUUGUUCUGGCUUUUUAAAGUCUAUUUUUACAUUGUAUAGCAUGUAGUAAAUCCUCCACCACAUUUUGUUGUUGGAAGGAAAAGUAAACUUUGAGUAGUGUAAAUAAAAUAAGCCUAGUUUUAAGGAAUCCAUAUUUAAAAGCAUCCUUAGUUCCUGUAGCAAAGAUGCAAAAAGGAUCAUAGUCGGGCUUGGACUAAAAGAUUCAAGUGAGUUCUCCAGGAAGCACUCUAGAACAGCGUUGGUGGAAGUCAGCAUUUGACACUUCUUUUAAAAUGGUAACUUUGAGCUAUACAACAGUAUUGUUCCUACAGUGAACAAAUCCAGAUUCUUUGAUGGUUUGACAUAAGUAAUCGGUGUGUUACCUAUCCUUGUCAUAACAACACAAACAUCUGAGUAAUGUAAUAUUUCAUAUUUGUUUUUAUUUUGUUAAUGUUCAUGUGGCUUAGAUAUUAUCCCAUAUUGCUGCUAUAAUUUUACUGGUUUUAAUAAGUGUUUGAUCUUAAUGAAAAUGCUUCAAUAUAUAAACAUUUUAAAAGGCUAUAUCUUUUUAAAAAUACAUGUACAGUUUGAAAAACUUGCGCCUGGCUUCCAAGUUAGUAUUCUAUUGAGACAUUCGUUGUUGUGUAUCUCUAAAUUUUACUACAAAUCUCUUGUAAAUUGUAUGCACUGUCUCCUCUGUCAUGAUGUAUCUUCAUUCAAACAGAUGAGAAUGUAUUUUACAAAUCCUGUAAAAGAAACGUACCCCAUAAUUUCAACAUUAAAUACUUGUCACAAAUAGUUUUGCCAGUCUUAAAGAUUAGAUUGAAAUAUAAGGAGUACUAAUAAAAAUAAAGGAACUAUUUUCUAGGUUGAAUUCCUAUUGAUUCUACACCCAGAUUUAUAUACUGUGUAUGUGAAGGCACUGGCAGAUAAAGUUCUAAAGAGAGAAACAUGUCUUUUCUUCAAACAGUUUUUUCCAUUUAAAGUCUUCAGACUUUUUGUUAGUUGAAGAGAAAUUUGCUCCUGAAUACCUUAUGUCACUUCUUUAAUACUCAAUUUUAUCAGUCACCCAAUACUCAUUUUG